AAGAGGCUUCCUUCUGGGACGACAGCCAUGCAGAUCAAUUUGAUGCAGUGUGCAGCAUAUGGUCUGAGCACUGACAGGCUGACCCCCCACCCCUUCAACCUCUGCAGCAAUGCUGGCAGCAUUCGGUCUAUGCAAUCUUCUUAUAGCCUAGACUAGGGUUGGGCAACUGUGGCCCUCCAGCUGUUGGUGAACUACAAGUCCCAUCAUGCCUCUGCCUUUGGGAUUCAUGCUUGUAACUGUCAGUUUUGCAAUGCCUCAUGGGACUUGUAGUUCUACAACAGCUGGAGGGCCACAGUUGCCCACC